AGGACUUCCCAGUAGUGGGACUGUACCCGCUGCAGCAGCACAGACGCUCCCUAUGGCUUCAGUUAGCUGGCUAACUGCGGCUAGCUAAUCCAAAGCUGCGGGGAAAAUGUUGACUUUCCGCGCUUUGCUAACUGGCCGGUAUGGUUGCAAAGUCGAAGGAUUGUGCCAUGACUUUACCCCACCGUGCUGUUGAUGUUUUCCGAGCCUGGAGUUAUGCUCUCACGAAAGAAAAGUAAGAACGAAGCGUCCAAACCAGCCGAGGUACACGGGAAGUAUGUGAAGAAGGAAACGUCGCCGCUCCUGAGAAAUCUUAUGCCCUCCUUCAUCCGUCAUGGACCCACUAUACCCAGACGCACAGAGGUCCCUCUGCCAGAAAUGGUGCCUUCUUCCUACCCUUUGGCACCCAGCCGGGAACCUGUGGUGUCCCGUAACAAGAGUGUCCUCCGUACCCAUGUGCAGAAGACUCCUCACGAGGUGGCCCGCACAGAGAGCCACCGCUUGUCUGCACCUCCGUACCUGCCUCGCAGUCUGGGAGACAUUUCGCAUGAGUAUGGAGGCUCAUCACAGUCCUUCCUUACAGACGUGAGCCCCAUGUCUGAGAAUGGAGAUGCCCGGUAUUAUUACCCCUCUGAACCUUAUUAUGAAAACCAGCAACAUCAACAGCAGCAGCAGCAGCGCCAGCCAAGGAGAGUCCCAGACCGCUUUCCUGAAGACUAUAGAUACUAUGAGCACAAUGAGCACAACUUCCAAAGACAUCCCCGACAACAUACUCCCCCAGCUCCAAACAGACCCCCUUCAGCCAUAGGUCGAAUACAGGCCAAGUCUCUGGGGAACCUGUCCAGUCUGACGGGGGAGGACCUCCCCCUUCCGGCCGGUUGGACCGUUGACUGGACCAUCCGUGGCAGGAAGUACUACAUCGACCACAACACUAACACUACACACUGGAGCCACCCUCUCGAGAGGGAGGGGCUCCCUCCAGGCUGGGAGAAGGUGGAGUCCGCUGAGUUUGGGGUCUACUAUGUGGAUCACAUAAACAAGAGGGCACAAUACCGUCAUCCAUGUGCUCCAAGCGUACCUCGCUACGAUCAACCCCCACCACUACCACCUCCCGUGGCCUAUCAGCCACGUCCUGCAGAGAGGAACCAGCCAGUCCUCGUACCAGCUAACCCAUACCACACAGCCGAGAUCCCAGACUGGCUGCAGGUGUAUGCUCGUGCACCACUCAAGUACGACCACAUCUUGAAGUGGGAGCUGUUCCAGCUGGCAGACCUGGACACGUACCAGGGAAUGCUGAAGCUGCUCUUCAUGAAGGAGCUCGAACACAUCGUCAAGUCCUAUGAGGCGUACCGGCAGGCGCUGCUGUCGGAGGUGGAGGCACGCAAACAGCGGCAACAGUGGUACGCCCAGCAGUCCAACAAGAACUUCAUAGGGAACAUGUGAUGUGUGUGUGUGUGUGCGUGUGUGUGCAGCAGGGACUUCUCAAUGCCACACCUCUCUGAGGUUUCCUCAGUUUGGGAGCGGUCAGAGCUGCCUUUGAAAUCAUGAUUGACUCUUAAUUGCCUCUUUACCAAACACAUCUGUGCCUUUGCUUGAUCCAAAUAUAUCAGCCAGGAGGUCGAGACACAUAUAUGGCCAGGGUGGGGGUCAUGUGACACUCCGUUUAUGGAUGACUGAUAGAAACAAAAACAAAAAAAAAAAAACACUAGAAUGAAGAAAUAAUGUGUUGCAUCAUGGGAAACUGCUUGUGGUUCCAUUGAAAGCCACCGACCUGGGAAAAUUGCUGUUUGAAUUCCUUUUUUAAAGACUGAGAAGCACAGAGUAUGAAAAAUCAACUCUGGGUAUUUGUUGCAAAAGCAUCCUGACAUUGUGCCUUUAAUAAAACAAAGUGCGGCAGUUUUACGUCUGCUCAUAUCGUGUAUACGCCAGCUACUCCGUCAUUUUUUCCUGUGGGAGAAAGCGACAGGCAGCUUUUUCUAAUUUGACUUCAUGGCUUCUUUCCUUUGCUCUGUUACUGUCAUAAACUGAAACCACACACAGAAAGUGUACAUUGUUCCUUUUUUUAUGACGUACUUUUAAGACAAUCCACCAAAACCUUAACAGAUAUUUAAUUUUUGAUUUUUCUUUUUUGAUUGAUGAAGCAUCAGAUUGGAUGCGGUGGUUUGAGCGUCUCUCGGCAUUAUUGUUCGUCAGGAAAAUUCACAUUUUUGUGCAUUUAAUUAAACGCAAAUAAGCUACUGGAACUUUUUUAAAGAAGUCACAUUCAUUUUGCCAAAAACUUUACUUUCCCUUUGUUUCAGUUUUUUCAUGCUUUAUGUUUAUGGCCUGACAUCUUGCUUCACUGAUAUAACAGAAGUCCAGGUUCUUGGACGCAUAUUCUACUGAUCACUAAUCAGCUUUUAUCUCCUCUUAAGAUACUCAGAAAUGUUUUCUUACUUUUUUUUGUCUACUGGAGACCAGUGAUAAUGUGUUAUUCUCAAUAUAUAAAAUGUUUAAGGAGUCCUGUGUAUCAGAGGAACCUAAACAUUUCUGAAUGUCCUAAAUGGGAGCAGUGGAAUAGGUUUGUACAGAACAUUGGGCUUCUCUUUGGGCCUCUGUCAUAUCUCCUCAGAACAAUGUCAACAGUUUGUUCAUACCUUAUUUUGUGAAUUGCAAUUACAGGACAUAAGCAAUAAAGUCUGCAGUGAAGAAAAAUACA